AAUGUAUUUUUACAUUUACAAAGUUAAAUUACGUAUCCUUCUUUUAAUUCUGAGAUGAAAUAAUACAAGUAUAAACUAGGAUGCAGUAAUUAUUUGUCAAAUUAACACAAUUAGCUCUUUCAAAUUCAGUGUAUCUUUUAGUCAUGGUCAUAACUGUAGUUUUACUCUCCAUCUAAAAUAUCCCAAUUUGAAAUAACUAGAUGUCAUGUAAUUCAUAACGCAGUGGCCAACAUUUAAAUGUUUUUUUUUCUUCCGUGUCUCCUGUUUUUGCCAGUUUAAUUUGGUUUUGCAUUACCGAAGGCCGGUGGGGGGCGGAGCUUAAGACAGGAUUUCCCAAUGUGUUACGUCAUUUGUAGCUUGCUGCCGUGAUGUCCAAUAGGAAAAGUGAAAACAAAACAGUGUGUCCCGCUAGCUCACUGCUAGCUUGGAACGCCAUCUUGAACCGACAGGGUGUUUAAACCCGAGAGAACUCAGCAAAGGGGGUCGACGGGAGUUCCGGCGUUUGUGUUUUCGUUCCUUCGAACCCCUGGGGGCCUCUGAAAAGGCUCCAGGCAUGGCUCGAAGCCCUUAUAAGUUACAUUAAAGCCGUAGAAGUGAGGACAUCGCCACGGCGCUUGUAGUUAGCUUGUAGCUAGCUAGUUAGUGAGCUAGCUAGCAAGCAAGGGGGAGGAGCGAGGAUUUGAGUACAUUUGUUUUCUCCAGCAGAAGUAGUUUGUUUAUGUUAUUCCACACGGACAUGUCAUCUUCAAACCAAGCCCUGAUUUUGACGACGACGAGGGAAGCAAGUUGUUUAGGUGUGACGAUGACUCGGGAGGGCCCAACAACGACAAAGAGCGCUUCGCUAGGUUGUCUGAAAACUCCCUCUCUGCUCUUGCUCUCUUUGGCCACGAGAGAACGGCCUCUCUCUUGCUUUAUCACGUCUAUUCAUUUCUUUUAUUUUCAUAUUUUAUGUCAUAUGUUGUUUUAUGCAAGGGCUAUUCAACCUAGGGCCGGCGGGCCACAUCCCGCCUAGCGUAAGAGGGACUGACUAGCCUAGUCGCUCCUGAAAAACAGUAUUCCCGUCAUAUAGAGGAAAAUCUUUGAGUGAGUACAUAAGAACAGCAGAGCACUCAUGGCAUUUAGAGGCUCCUUGACUGAUUUAGCAGUAGAUACUAGGAAUGUCACGAUCCCAUCGUCGGGAUCGGGAUCGGCUGCCGAUCGGCUGUAAUUUGGAGAUUGGAUAAAAUCAUCUUCCGCCACAAGAUUGGGCCGACCCGGUUGCCGUAUCAUGUUCGUAACUCUGGGCCACACUACAGCGCCUCAAAGUUGGUUGCCACUCGACUCCCGCCACCCGUAAAAAGAAGAAAACACAACACCACCAUGCAGACAUGUCCGCCAUGUCCCGUGGUGACGUUAGCUUCACAUUGGACGUUGGAUAUUCCGCUCCGUAGCUACAGCGGUAGUUCCCCCUCCCUGUGCCGGCACUGCUGUGUCGUGGUGCGGGGAGCUCGCACCAGUGCCGCUGUAACCGCUGGUUAUUUAUACUAGGGACCGUCAAUAAAUUACUAUUGCGUUGAAGGGAGUUUGUUAAAAACAAGUGUAAUAUAUUGUAAAUCACACCACAGAUUGAUCUCUAACCAAGUAUUUGCACAGCGGUGUAGAAAGCAAAUAACACAGACGAGAACGCGAGGUGAAUUCAUCGACAUCAGGUGAAUCAGGAACAUUAUUAUUAUUAUUUUUUGCCCAGACAUAGACCUGUGACCCACUGAAAACAACCCACUUUUGGGUUCCGACCCACCAGUUGAGAAUCGCUAGUAUAGAAGAUCUUCCAGUAGGUACAUAAGAACAGCAGAGCACUCACAAGUGUUUUUGCAGUAGGUACAUAAAAAUAAUAGAGAGCUCCUAUCAUUGAAGAUCUUUCACUGUCACUUUUGCAGUACGCCCUUCAACGUUUCUCUUGGUACGCGAUCAUGGUUACAAACGAGGAGGCUUUGUCGUGCUGGCCGUGUGUCGUAUUUUCGUGGGACACUUCCAACAUCUUCAUCAAAUAUGCUGGCGCAUCUAUCUUUCCGGUGCCCCAGUCAGCCAUAAUGUGGCAUUUGUCUUGUUUUUCUUCUUCUUCUGCUUUCUUUUCCUCUUCUUCUGCGACGUCCUCGUCAUUUUCUCCUGCUUUUGCCAGGAGCUCCUCAUGGAUGACAUGUAAAAUGGCGACUGACUGAGGUGGAAUGGUGGAAGAUGUUUAUAGCGGCUGUAUUUUAAUAAUAAUAACAAAAAAACAUACACGGUGAGAGCGUAUCAAGAAUACAUCAGAGUAUUUUUGGCUUUUGAUCCGAUUUCUUUGUAGUCUUGCUGAUCUGAUCCGAUUCAGUGGUGAAAUGAACGACCGCAUAAAAAAUGAGAUUGGAGCAAAGAAUGUGAAUUGGGCGUCACACCCUGCAGUGUGAACGUGUCCUUUGACUGCCACUUGUGCAGUAGGUCUCGUGCCAUACAAGAUGUUUGCUUGGUUUUUAAAAAUCACUUGAGUAGUCCUGUCAUAUAGAAGAUCUCUGACGUGUUUAUUUUUUUUAUAAUAAGUCCUUAAAAUAAGGAGAGCACUCCUGUUAUAUAGAGUAGGGGCUAAAAAAUCAAAAGAGCACUUCUGUUAUAUAGAGAAUCUUUGACAAGUAUUUUUACAGUCGGUAAAUAACACCAUAGCACUCUUGUCAUUUAGAGGAUCUUUGACAAACACGAACACAGCGCUUGUGUUGUAAUAAAUAACUUUGUUAGCAGUUGGUUGACUUUUAUGAUAUGGCCGAGCCUUGCGUUGGCGUCUUGAUGUAUUUUGUCAUCAUUAUUACCCCUGGUCCUUAGCUUUCUGAAAAUGUGCCUUCCAGAGCAGUGAAGUUGAAUAGCCCUUCCUUGUGUCAUCCUCACCUCUGCUUCCAAAGUGACACGCGUAUACAUCGCAACAUUGACUCUAAACUCUACUCCACGUUGUCCACCCGCCCCAUCUGGCUCUCCCUCCUUCUCCUGUCCACCUCUGCGUUCCUCCCUCGUCUUCUCACUCCAGGGAGAACCACAGCGAGAUAGAGAGGCGGAGGCGGAACAAGAUGACAGCCUACAUCACAGAGCUGUCGGACAUGGUGCCCACGUGCAGCGCGCUGGCACGGAAGCCCGACAAGCUCACCAUCCUGCGAAUGGCCGUGUCGCACAUGAAGUCUCUGCGAGGGAGCGGCAACACCAAUCCGGAUGGCUCCUACAAGCCUUCCUUUCUCACUGACCAGGAGCUGAAGCACCUCAUCCUGGAGGCAGCAGACGGCUUCCUGUUCGUGGUGUCGUGCGAGACCGGCCGCGUCGUGUACGUCUCGGACUCCCUGACGCCCGUCCUGAACCAGUCACAGUCCGACUGGCUGGGCUCGUCGCUCUAUGACCAGCUCCACCCGGACGACACGGAGAAGCUGAGGGAGCAGCUGUCUACUGCAGAGAAUAACAACACGGGGAGGACGUUGGACUUGAAGACAGGAACAGUGAAGAAGGAAAGCCAACAGUCCUCCGCCAGGAUGACAAUGGGAGCCCGUCGCUCAUUUAUAUGUAGAAUGAGGUGUGGCUCGUGUCCUGUGGAACCGUUGUCCAUGAACAGACUAAACUUCCUCAGGAAUAGAAACAGGAAUGGUUUGGGUGCAGCAAAAGAAGGAGACCCUCAGUAUGUUGUGGUCCACUGUACAGGCUACAUCAAGUCCUGGCCGCCUGCCGGAGUGUCCUUAUCAGACAGCGAACCAGAAAAUACUCAGGGGAGCCGCUACUGUCUUGUUGCCAUCGGCAGACUACAGGUGACCUGCUGUCCAGGUGACACGGACGUCAACAGCAUCAGCGUUCCAGUGGAGUUCAUCUCGCGCCACAACUGCCAGGGCAUCUUCACCUUUGUCGACCACCGUUGUGUCGCAGCCGUCAACUACCAGCCUCAGGAGCUGUUGGGGAAGAAUAUUCUUGAACUCGCCCACCCUGAAGACCAAGGCUUACUCCGAGAUAGCUUCCAACAGGUGAUGAAGCUGAAGGGUCAAGUGCUAUCAGUGAUGUUCAGGUUCCGCUCCAAAUCCAGAGAAUGGAUUUGGAUGAGAACCAGCUCCUUCACCUUCCAGAAUCCAUUUUCGGAGGAGAUUGAAUACAUCAUCUGCACAAACGUCAACGUCAAGCAGUUGCAGCAGCAGCAGGCCGAGUUGGAAGUGGGCGCCGCAAGAGACGGCAUGUACGAGGCAGGACCCAUCACGCUCUCCCAGAUGCCAGUGCAGCCAGUGACGGCAGCCGGACCGGACCACAGCAAGACCCUCGACAAGCCAGAUCUCUUCCCCUCCCUUUUCCAAGGCCCCAGUCAGACAAAGGGUAUGCCCUCCACCUCAACGCCCUCCACCCAAAUCUACCCUGCGGUCAACAACUUCACCGCUGGUCGCUCCAACGAUGCAUACAGGCCGGUCAGUAUGGCCCCGCAGAUGACACAGCCAACCCACUCAGCAGGGCAGAUGUUGGCCCAGAUGUCACGACAGAACGGAGUCGGAGCCCCACAGCCUGUCACCCCCUCUAACACUGGCAGCCCUCUCCAUGGAGGUGGAGGAUGGCCUGGUCCAGGGACAGUUGCUGGAACCCAGUUCAAUAACCAGCAGCAGGUGGCUCCCCAAGCAGCAAAGACCAUGUCGCCACCAUUUACUUCCAUGGGUGGAUUUGGAGGGGGCUCGUCUAGUUCUUUUGGCCAGAUGCCCACGGGUGCCGCUCCGAGCCAGACCAGCAGCACAAACUACCCUCAAAUAAACGCACGUGCCACCAUCAACGCCAGCGGUUAUGAUGGUUCCCAGUCGCAGUUCCCCUCCCGGGCAACAGAGGCAGUGUGGCCCCAGUGGCAAGGCCAGCAGCACGCUCAGAGCAACGCAGACCAACACCCACAUGCACAAGGCAACCAGCAAGACAUGUUCACUGAUGUGUUGUCAAUGCUGGACCAGCCCAACAGCUUCAACAGCGAAGACUUUGAGAUUCCCAUGUACCCUUCAUUACCCUUCAACGAGUGACUGCAGGUCUUCCCUCCUUUAUAACGCUCACCUCACUUUUUAUUUGUUGGAUUUUACUGGUCCGCCUCUCCUGCUGCUGGCGCUCUUUUCUUUUCUUCUCUUUUCUUUUACUGUGCUUUGCUUCCUUCCUUGCACUGCUCAGCACGGAGCCAUUUUCCGCUACCUUGACUGCAGGUAAAGCAAGAGAUGAGGCUGCUAAUUACAAGAAAACUAACUUUAUUCCAGCCAUUGUUCUCGACAGAAGCACAGUCCAACACUUGGUUAAACAUACACACAGGAAGUGGGAAUAUUCACACACACAAUGGCCUUUUAUUCUUGUAUUCCUGGUUUUUUCUCAGGCAUUUUGAACUUCUAGCAUGCAGACUAAUCAAUUUCAUCAUUUUUUUUUAAACUCUCAGGAAAUGUCAGUGUUGGUCCACAUGGUGUGUUCUUUUUGCAUUCUGAUGGUUUUAUCUGCCUCUGCAUGACAGCACUGCUUCUUUAUCAUGUAGGUCAUCAUUCAUGAGUACCUUGGUGGCUUCACCUCAAAUUCUUUAUUUUUAUUGGUGCGCUUCCCUUUUAAUCACUCUGAAUCAUUUCUUUCAUACACACACACGCUCAAAAUGGCCACCGAGCUCUUAGUUUCUGGGCUGAUAUAACUUAAUAACUUAUAACUUAAUAAAACUUCAGUGCGUACUAGGGGUGUCACACGAUCUCGCGAGAGGAAAAUGUGACAAGUCUCAUCGGCACUCGGCCUGGGACGAUAAUAAAUUCAUUCAUCAAUGAAUCACACAAUAAACGAGAAUGAAUUGGAUCAUUUUGCCUGCCUCAGUAUAUUGCCAUGUGCCUGCGCGUCUGCUUUCUACAAUGGAGUGUUAGGCCAGAAUAAAGUUGUAAAUUUACGAUUUAAUUAUGUAAAUUUAUGACUUUUUUUCCUUGGAAAAAAAUCGGAGAUUUCAGGAAUAAAGUCGUAAAUUUUACAAGAAUAAAGUUGUGCAUUUAAGGGAAUAAAGUCGUACAUUUACGAGGAUAAAGUUGUAAAGUUACGAGAAAGUUGUAAAUGUGUUAUAGAAUAAAGUCGUACAUUUACGUGAUUAAAGUAUUAAAUUUACAAUAAUAGUUGUAAAUUUACCAGGAAAAAAGUCAGAAUAUUACGAGAAUAAAGUUGUAAAUUUGCGUGGAAAAAGUUGUACAUUUACGAAUAAGAAGUUGUUAAUUUAUGAGAAUAAAGUUGUAAAUUUAAGAGGAAAAAUUCGUACAUUUAUGAGAUUAAAGUCGGAAAUUUACGAUAAUGAAGUCAUUUACCCAAAAAAAAUUCAUAAUAUUACGAGAAUAAAGUUGUACAUUUAUGAAUAAAAAGUUGUACAUUUAUGAGAUUAAAGUCGUAAAUUUACAAGAACAAAAUUGUACAUUGUACAUAAUUUUACAUGAUUAAAGUCGUAAAUUUAAGUGAUUUAAAGUCAUGAAUUUACCAGAAAAAGUCAUCGUACAGUAUUAUGAGAAUAAAGUCGUACAUUUACGAGAAUAAAGUUGUAAAUUUACGAGGAAAAAGUUGUACAUUUACGAAUAAGAAGUUGUUAAUUUACGAGAAUAAAGUUGUAAACUUAAGAGGGAAAAAAAAUAAAUUGACGAGAAUAAAGUCGUACAUUUACGGAUCAAGCGUUAAAUGUAUGAGAAUAAAGUGUUAAAUGUAUGAG